AUGUGGCUCUACCGGGGUGCGCAGUCGGCGGUCUUCUACUACGCCAGUUGCACCCCGUGUGCUACUAGCAUCGAUCGUCGAAAACGAAAGAAGGAAGCUUCUCGCGCACAACGAUUAAAGGAGAGAUUCGACGCCGAGAUCGUUACCGACCAACCCCGUCCUUUCUCGCAACCCACUCCAUUUAGCACUAAUGCAGGGUGGCGUGAGGAGCUCGUCCUGGGCCCAGGGCCUCCAACUCGACGUGGAGGAAACCGAAACAUCCAGCGGACCGACAGCUGGACGACUGAUCAAAGCUCACAAAUGAAGAAGGAUAAAAGCGGGAGCCUCAUGCACCCGCUCGGUGAACGGUGGAAUCGAAUGCGAUAUCAACGCGAGGACGAACCACUCUGGGGCCAGGAACAGGAAGUAGUACGCGGGUCGUCAAUUGGUUUCUCUGGUCGUGGCCGUGCAGACCCUAAUGAGCCUUCAAAGUAUUACACUGCCCGUGCGCCUCCUGUCAAUGAUUUCCAUCCGCCAAUUGUAAGCGGCCCUAUUAGCCGCGCUGAAACUCGAUGGAUGCUUCAACCCCCGCCCAGCGCGAAGGUCAUGGCUGGCAAGGAAAACUUUGAUAAUUCUCCGCGCGACAGUGUAGGUGGAUUUCCAGGCGACCGUUUGUCUCGUGUUACUCAACACGGCCCCCGCCGCUACGAGAAUCUCCCUGACCGAUUCAGUAACGAUGGCGCUUUCGAUACAGAUGCCAUUCACCGGGCCAUGCCGCGACGGCCAUCUGUAACCCGUGUGCGUGACUAUUCCAACGAAACCACACGAGAUGACUUUGAGCUCUCAAGGCACUCCCGAUCUGACUCUAUCUUUUCCGUGGCCAUCACCGAUGACCAGUCACCGCAUGCUUCUUGGAAAUACCCAGACACCCCUGGCACGCGCCCGGCUUCCAAAUCAACGGCCGACAGCGACGCAGUCCCUCACCGUCCACAAAUAUCCAAGACUCUAUCCACCUUACAGCGACCUGAAAAUAAACAUAAAGUCCACCUUCUACACCUUGAGAUCAAUGACGAGUACCGCGACGAGGUUGGCCUCGGCCAACUAGAACGCAUUCGCCCCUGGCGCUGGAGUAUGGACAUUUAA